UAAAAAUAAUGAGUGCUUCGCAAGGCCAUAUUGCCAAUGUACUUUGAGUACUUUUUGACACAGUGAUUGAGAAUCAGCAACACCAAGCAGUUGAGCAGGAUGCUGAGAUGAUGCCAGAGGAAGAUAAGGAGUCAAUGCAUGAGGGAGAUCCCUCAGAUAUUUUCAACGAUCCUGGUGAUGUUAUCAACGGAUAUAAUAGAGAUUCUUUAAUGGGAAUGCUGUACUGCAUCGCAAAAGCUUUGGGCGAAACCAACCCUUCUUUCGUCCCAAUCUUGGUCUACAUCGAUAGGAUAUGAGUAAAUCAUGAGAAUUUUGUCAUUUCAGGUAAAAACAUUAGAAGACUGAGCAUUGUAGCCAUAUGCGUCUCUAAUAAAAUGUUCGAUGAUUUCUACAUUGCCAACUGAUGUUAUGCUGAGCUCUUAGGGAUCCCUAAAGAAGAAUUCAACUAUUUAGAAAGAGUUUUUGUACAGCUUUUAAAGUACGACCUCAAUGUAACAACUGAAGAGUACAAAGCCUAUUGCUCUCAUAUGAGAGACUAUAUUCUUGAGAAAUUCUGAAAACCUCAGGCACCUCAACAGGAGCCUCUAAGGGAGCCAGAGCAGACUCAUAUCCAAGAGCCAGGGCAGACAAAUGACCCGAUGAUCAACUAAGGCUAAUAUGUAUUUAGCAGAUGCUGGAGCUUAGAAGAGAGACAAUCUGCUCUAAAAUAUUAUUUUUGCAAUCAUU